AGAAUCCCUAGAGCAAUGUCCGGAUAUUGGAUGGAUGAUGGAAGCGGGAAUAACUGGUAUACUCAACCGAAUACGGGUAAUCAGCAAGGCUGGGCGCAAUUCGACUAUAACCAACCGCAAGCGAAUGCGCCACCUCAACCGCCACCACUACAACAACCAUCGUAUUAUUCACAGCAACCAAUCUCAUCACCCCAGCCACUGAAUAAUUAUCCCGAUUAUUAUGGUGGACAUAUGUUUAUUCCGUCACAAGCCAGUGCUCAGGCUCGUUCUGUUUCAGCUCCUGCGGAAGACGAUUACGAAAAUGAACCACCGCUGCUGGAAGAGCUGGGAAUCAAUUUUAGUCAUAUCCGAGAGAAGACCAUCGCAGUCCUCAAUCCAUUCGGGUCGAUUGCGCCCGAUGUGAUUGCCGAUCAGGAUUUGGCUGGUCCUCUGUUACAUUUUGGUUAUAUCUAUGGAAUUGGUGGUUUUGGAUGUUUGGGUAUGUAUGGACUGAUGAAUUUGAUGUCAGAAGAGAAGGAUAUAUCAUUCACUUGCACGACUAGCAUACUUGGCUACUGUCUUUUGCCAAUGGCACUGCUCAGUAUGGUUGCUGCAGUGUUUAGUUUUCAGAACUUUGAUAUGAUUUUGAUGGAAAUAGCAAAGAACGAAGUCGGUGAGAUGCGAAGUUGUCUAUUUUGA